CCCCAGGGAGCCAAUGGCUGCGUGGCCCCGGGCAUUAUCCCGGCUGUGAUCGCGCUGAUCCGAGAGCGGGGCGGGCUGAGCUCAGCGCUGCCCAUGGCUGCGCCCACCCCGCUGCCCCCCGUCCUGCGCCGGGGCCUGGGGGCCGUCAGCAGCUCCCUCUUCAUCAGCAACAGGACGAGGGACAGCGGCACUGCCCCCUCCUACCAGCCAGCUCACCAGGUGCUGUCCAGCCUGCCCCUCCAGGUGAUGCUCUACUUCAACGUCUACUACUUCCCAGUGUGGUGCCUGGCUGAGGGCAUCAUGCUGCACCUGAAGUACCACCUGCUGCCUUGGCACUACCAGUUCCUGCUGGUCACAGCCUUCCUCAUCCUCUCUCUGGCUGAGGGCUGCCGCCUCUACCUGGGCUACCUGGGGAACCUCCAGGAGAAGGUGCCCGAGCUGGCUGGCUUCCUGCUCCUCUCCUUCCUGAUCCAGCUGCCCCUCCUGCUGUUCCUGCUGACAGACAGCCAGGUCAUCCACCUGCCGCUGGAGGUGCCCAUGCACAGCUUCUUCUUGGCCUUCCUCCUCCUGGAGGUCGUGGCUGCCUUCCUGGCCCUGAGGAGCAUGGCCAAGCAGCUGGCAGCACAGUUCUACCUGAGACAGCUGCAGGAGGCUGGGAGGGGCCAGCUCGGGCUGGGGGGCACAGGGUGACAGGCAGCUGAGAUGGGGGAUGCUGCAUGGGAUGAUCCUCCACCCUGCACAGCUGCUGCUGGCAGGGAGCAUUAAACAGUGCUCAAACCCAC